AUACCCGAUUCGUUCUCUGCUUUCGUCGGGUUUAUCAAGCUUUCUUCUUUCGCACGCCAUUCUCACCUUCUCCUUUGUGUGUAUCAACUGCCGUAAUUUUUUUCCUCUUCCAACAAUGGCAUCAGCCAUGGUUCUCGAUCCAAAACCCUCACCGGAGCUACCUGCAACUCGACCUGACUUAUCGUCACACGACGUUCCUUCCGAAAACGGCGAAGACGACCUUUACGCUCGCCUGAAAUCUCUACAACGGCAGCUGGAGUUCAUCGAGAUCCAAGAGGAAUACGUGAAGGACGAACUGAAGAAUCUCCGCCGUGAACAUUUACGGGCACAGGAAGAGGUAAAACGGAUCCAAUCGGUGCCGUUAGUAAUUGGCCAGUUCAUGGAGAUGAUUGACCAGAAUAACGCCAUAGUUGGUUCAACUACGGGAUCUAAUUACUACGUGAGGAUACUCAGCACGAUUAAUCGGGAGCUACUUAAGCCUUCGGCUUCUGUGGCUUUACAUCGUCACUCGAAUGCUCUAGUUGAUGUUUUGCCUCCUGAGGCUGACUCGAGUAUUUCGCUGCUAAGCCAAUCAGAGAAGCCUGAUGUUACCUACAACGAUAUUGGAGGAUGUGACAUUCAAAAGCAGGAAAUUCGUGAGGCUGUUGAGUUACCGUUGACUCAUCAUGAGUUGUACAAGCAGAUUGGUAUAGACCCUCCCCGUGGUGUCUUGCUUUAUGGUCCACCAGGUACUGGGAAAACUAUGCUUGCAAAGGCUGUUGCUCAUCACACUACUGCCGCCUUCAUAAGGGUGGUUGGCUCAGAAUUCGUUCAGAAGUACUUGGGUGAGGGUCCGCGAAUGGUCCGUGAUGUGUUCCGUCUUGCCAAAGAAAAUGCUCCUGCCAUUAUAUUUAUUGAUGAGGUAGACGCAAUUGCCACUGCUAGGUUUGAUGCUCAAACUGGAGCUGAUAGGGAGGUCCAGCGUAUCUUGAUGGAGUUGCUUAAUCAGAUGGACGGAUUUGACCAGACAGUGAAUGUGAAAGUUAUCAUGGCAACUAACAGAGCUGAUACUUUGGACCCUGCACUUCUGCGACCUGGAAGGCUUGAUCGGAAGAUUGAAUUUCCUUUGCCUGAUAGGCGUCAAAAGAGGCUUGUUUUUCAGGUCUGUACUGCUAAGAUGAACUUAGGUGACGAGGUUGACUUGGAAGAUUAUGUUUCUCGCCCUGAUAAAAUUAGUGCUGCUGAGAUUGCAGCUAUAUGUCAGGAAGCAGGUAUGCAUGCAGUGCGAAAGAAUCGAUAUGUCAUACUCCCCAAGGACUUUGAAAAGGGUUACAGGACCAAUGUGAAGAAGCCGGACACUGACUUCGAGUUCUAUAAGUGAUCUAUAAAAGUAGAUGAGCUAAUAUUUUUAGAGGUUGACCUUGUACACUUAAAUAUGAAAAUUCUUUUUAAUAUGUUUUUAAUGGUACUGCUGGUUUGUCAAACGUCUGAUGGUUUGUACUGUUCUAGCUUCCAUUAUUUGUUCGUUCAGAAAGUGCAGCAUGAGCAGUCUAACUAUCCAUUUAAGCUGCUGAAGUAUCCGAUUGUGAGGGGUGUCUGUAGACUCAGUCAUUUUAAUGCCGCAUUCUGUGGGAUGGCUUAUUUCUUCAUAUAUAAGCUUUGCAAUAGUACAUUUU